AUGAGUCUUCGACAAAAGGUUCGCAGAGUGUUCCGUCGCUCAUCCAACGGUUCCAAAUCGAAGGACAAUACCAUCAAAAUCGAGUAUUACAGGCGUCAUGAAAUUCCUCCAUCCAAGUUCAAGGGUCCGUUUGACCGUGAGCACCAAAAAGCCCUGGCUGCAUGGUCUUUCACCGAAGCCCAGGCCGAUCGACCUCGUUCUCCAGAUCUUUCACUCUCCCCUUGCGCAACCCUACCCGACUAUUUGCGGCCUCGUGUAGAGGAGGAUGAUGUGGCUCCCGAUGAGCUUCCCUCGGUUGCCCCAGAGGAUCUGUCUGACACAUCCGCCACGAUCUCCGACAAUGAGCGCGCCCAGGAGCGCCAAGAGAACAGCGGAUCAACCUCGUCGACGGCUUACGAAGCGGACAGCUAUAGUAGCUCCAUGAUGACCCUCUUCGACGAAGGUAUACGACAAAACUCGAUCGCACAAUUGAAGGAGUCGAUACGAUACACGUCCCCGGUGGUGCGGGCCAUCUCCCCCCCACCUCUAUCCCCCAAAGGAAGCUAUAUGCCGUUCUCCCCGGAUGAUUUGACCCGUGCGUUGAAUGCCGUGCAAAUCUGUGGUUAA